UCAAUGAUCAACGUCAUAAAUAUUCAAGACCUGGACGUAGUAUCUUUGUUCGAGAGGAAACUAAUUCUUUACAAAUUUUGCCACAACAUUUAAGAUCUCCUGAUGAAAUUAAUAAAAAUAGUGUUUAUUUGGCACUUAAAGUGACAGGGAUGGAAAGUGAUCAUAGUAAUAAAGUUUUUGUGCCCUUAAUACCUGGCUAUAUUAUAUAUACAAAAUUGGGAGAAACUUAUUUCAAAUUAGCUUUGGAAUGGUCAAGUCAAGAUAAUAAUAUU